AUGGUCCUCCUCUCCAUCGUCCAACAAACCAACGCCUCAGCUGCCUCCAAGCUCCCCGCCGGCCUGGUAGCUGUCUUUGCGGGUGCUACAGCCGGUAUUGGCGAGACGGCUCUCAGGGCUUUUGCCAAGCAUACGGUCAGGCCCAAGAUCUACUACGUCGGUCGCUCUCAGGAAGUAGGUGAUCGCCUGCAGAAGGAGUUGCGCGAGGUGAACUCUGAGGGCAGUUAUGUCUUCAUCAAGAAGGACAUGAGCUUGUUGAAGAAUGUGGAUGAAGUGUGUCGAGAUAUCAAAAGCAAGGAAACUGUUCUGAACGUACUAUUUCUGAGUCAAGGAACGCUCAAGAUGGGUGUUGAUACCCCUGAGGGCCUCCCUCUGAUCACCGGCCUCACUCUCUACUCCCGCGCCCGUCUAACAACCAACCUCCUCCCUCUCCUCAAGAAAGCGCCCUCUCUACGUCGAGUAAUAACCGUCAUGGCCGGCACAAAAGAAGGCAAGCUCUUCACAGACGACAUCGCAGGCCGCAAAAUCCCCUUCACCAGCAUUCACCACUCGCGCGGCCACAUGUGCUCAGCCCUGACGCUCUCGCUGGAAGCACUCGCCCGCCAGGCCCCAGAGGUAUCAUUCAUCCACAACUUCCCCGGGUCUGUCGACACGGAUCUCAUACGCAGUGGGGACGGGGCCAUGAUGCAGGUUAUGAAGUAUUGGUUCAAGGUCAGUAUGACCGUGAGACGGCAGUGGCUUCCCAAGGAGGAAUGUGGUGAGAGACAUGCGUGGUUGUGUUUGAGUGGGAGAUAUCCUGAUAAACAGGGUGGAGGUGGGAAUGGUGUUGGGGAUGCUGAUGGUACAGUUGCUGUUGGUGUAGAUGGGAAGAAGGGGAGCGGUGUUUACAGUGUUGAUUGGGAUGGAGAGAGCGCGUCAAGCGAUGUGGUCAAACUGUUGGAGGGAUAUCGCCAGGAGGGUACUGUCGAUAAGGUCUGGAAAGACCUGGAGGGUGAGUUUGUCAGAAUUACAGGAGAAAAGUCUAUCUGA